CACCAAGACAGCUAGCUUCUCAAUAUCUAGCAACGACCAGUACACUACGUUACGUACAUAUAUAUACACCAGCCCAGCUCCUCUCCAAAGACCGGGAAAGAAAGCAAGGAAAACUCAGAAAAAGAAAGAAAGAGCGAGCGAGCGAGCAUCUGGGAAACCAAGAAUGAGGAGGUCCAGGUCCAGCAAGUUGGCGUUGGUUGUUGUGAGGCUGAGCUUGGGCGUCCUAAUGGCGGCCAGCGCUGCGUCGGCGCUGAACCUGAGGGCACCAGUAGUGCGGCGGCCAUUCAAGCAAGUCCACGUCCUCAACGAACUCACUGACAACAAGCUCCUCCACGUGCACUGCCACUCCAGGGAGACGGACUUGGGGAGCCAUGACGUGGCAGUGGGGGCGGAGUACACGUGGAGGUUCCGGGCAAGCCCCCUGGGGAGCAGCAGGUGGUCCUGCGACGGCACCACAGACGACAAUCGGCGCGUGACCUUCGAGUCGUACUGGGAGGACGUGGCGCUGGCGAGGAGGGAGUAUAUGGGGAACACUUACUGGGUGGCCCAGGAAGACGGCAUCUAUCUCAGGCCCAUUCAGGGAACUAGAGACGAAAUCCAUGCCACCUGGCUCCCUGCUGGCCCCCCUACCGCUCCCCUGCCCCCACUGCUACACUGACUCAAUAUAAGACAUGAGAUGAGACGAGAUGAGACUUGCCCGCCAACUCUCCUACUCAACCAUGGAUCGAUUCGUGCGCCUAAAUAAGGUUGUUGGAUUUGAUUGGUUUCGUUUCAACUAUAUAUUUAUGUUAAACGCCUAGCUCAACUGCGCCCUAAGUGGUUGCAUAAUAAUAACAAUAUGUAAUAAUAAGGAAUAUCAAUCAAAGUAUUACCGAAUUAAACAAAGUGAGACGGUUACAUCAUCUAGCCAUAACAGGUUAAUAAGAAAAAUCGGAGGCCUAUCUCAUCUAAAGCCCAAGUAUAAACCUUAGUUGAGUGC